AGAUGCACUCUCUUGGCAGAAUUACUGAGUAGCGCCAGAGCCACCUGUCACACUUUCCACUGCACAGUGCACACAUGUCUUCUGGUUGCUCAAAGACACGAACGAAUUAAUUUCCCUCACUAAAGUACAGCUGCUAUGUCUUCGCGCACGGAUACGUUUGGCAGAAACGGCGAAGACUUGUUGCUGGCAUCUUCGACAUGCGGUGAUUCAGCACUUCGUGACCCAUCUUCAGUCUUCGUGGGCUCUCCGGACGCACUCGGUGGCAGAAGUGAGGAUGAGCCAUGGACGCCUCGCGUGCGGCACACGACGUCGCUCGGGAACAUUCAUUCUACCUCCCACUGUCCCACCAUCGAACAUAGGAGCUUUUCAUACCACUAUCCCAGGCGGCGUACUAGUACGGCCACAGAGCAGAAUUCUCCGGUUCCGGGAUACCCUUCAAUUUCAAUGAACAGCAGAACGCGCGGGUCUCGUGAACGCCAAUGGUCAGUCUUUGGACAGCUGAUGGAAAAUGAAGGACAGCUCGCGAGUCCUCUUGUGCAUAAUCCAAGACGUAGCGAGUCGACCGAACGGCCCGGGUCGUGGUCAUCUUCGAUGCAUCUCCCACUAUACGCACCUGCGUCAUCGCUAGGAGACCGGAAUGCGGCCACGGGGAACUCGGACUCGGAGAGCGUCAAUACUCUUGCAGCGCAUACCGCGACAACGAACGUCUCGUGCUGGACUCGAAUAUACACGCGAUUUCCUGUUAUUCCGCUAUUGUGGAAGAACAUCUUAAAGUGCUCCGUAGCAUACUUUCUUGCGUCUCUCUUCACGCUCCAUCCAUAUCUGUCCGACUUUUUUGGUGACCUGACUUCCUAUGGACCAGGAGGGGGCGGGCCAUCGCCUUCGGGGCAUAUGAUUGCCACUAUUGCUGUGUAUUAUAACCCUGCAAAAUCCAUCGGUGGGAUGGUAGAGGCUGAUACGUUCUGCUUCAUUGCUUGGUUGUACACCGCUCUUGUAUGUCUUACUGGGAUGUCUCUAUUCUGGUGGCUGGACGUUCAGCCAGGAUGGGAGGUGGUUGCAGAUUUCGUGCCAAUUCUGUGGGUUGGGUUCUCGAUGUGGGGAUUGUCCUGGAUGAAAGUCUGGAUGUCGAAGCCGACAUUCAAUUCAGCAUGUAACAUGGCAGCAACUGUCCUUUUCAUCGUAAUCGUAAAAGAGGGCGGUUUAUGGACCUUCCUUCAAAUGUCUUCGAUCGUCUUAGUGGGAACACUCAUUUCCAAUCUGGUUUCUUUUACCUUGUGGCCCCAGAGUGCAACGGAUAACCUUCAAGCUAACAUGACGAAGACGUUAGACUCCUUAUCGAUGCUCUUGGGGAUGAUAACCAACAUGUUUCUUCUCGAGGAGCCAAUCCACAGACCGAGUUACGAGAAGAUGCAGAAGGCAGUUGAGAGCCAUCAAUCCACCUUCACGGGUUUGAAGAAGGCUUUUACCGAGGCUGGGUCGGAGCGGUUCAUGAUCCUGGACGACGCCAGCAGUACGCUUGCGAAACAGGCUUAUGAGGACGCUGUGGACAGCCUGACACGACUAGCGCAACAUCUCAAUGGACUCCGAAGUGGAACAAGACUGCAAUACGAGCUGAGCAAGGCUCAAAGCAAGGGGAAGCUAGUUAUCAGGGGAAGCCAUCUCCAAGAUGAUGGGAGCAGUAUUUCACGUAUUUCUGUUGGUCAGGGAAGAUCCCCCAUACCGCCCCGCGACGACUUGGAAGAAGCGCUACUACGAACAGCAGCGGAUAUGUUUGGCGAUCUUAUAGAUGUCACCGGACCACCGUUGAAAGCCCUUUCGACGACUUGCACGUCAUGCCUGAAUAGACUGAGAGAGGCAUUUGUGCAUAGUCAAGGCAUUCAAGGAGAAAGGAUGCACCCUCAAGAUUUCCACACAAUUAUCGACGGCAUUGAACGGGCGCUGUACACUUUCGAAAGCACUUCAAACCAUGCAUUUUUACGAUUGUAUAAGCAGAGUAACUGGGCAUCGCCAUCAAGGAGAUCGACGAAUUCGACAAUAGAUAACAGCCAAACAUUGGGAGAUAAUGAGCACAUAUUCAUCGUCUAUUUCUUUAUCUUUACCCUCCAGGAAUUCGCUGGAGAGCUGAUGUGCCUCACAGAUGCCAUGCGAAGGAUAUAUGCCGUGGAAUCAAGCAGAUUCUCGAAGCAAAGUUGGUGGCAAAAAUGCGUAGUCAACGGUCCUAAGUCAAUCUUCUUAUACCUACUCUCCUUCCGACGGCCGUCGGCUCCUGAGAAGCGGGGCGCCACUGGUCUGCAACGUAUUUCGACGUAUUUCAGCGGACACCACCAUCCUAAAGUAUCAUUUCCGAAAGUGCAGCCUCAUGCGCCAAACACUAUUCAGACGCCUGAUCGUUCUGAUCUAAAUUUUUAUGGACGUAUUAAACGAUCGAUGUGGGAAUUAGGUGAUCGACUGAAAGGCCGUAAUGUUAAGUACUCGUUCAAAGUUGGCAUGUCCACCGCGAUGCUGGCAUCUCUGGCGUUUUUCGAUACCACCCGUCCCAUCUUUAUGCAAUAUAGGGGAGAAUGGGCCCUAGUAUCGUUCUUCGUCGUGAUGUCUCCCACUAUUGGGGCGACCAACUUUUUGAGUAUGCACCGAGUGCUUGGUACUUUGAUCGGAGCAGCAGUGGCAGCUGGCGUUUAUACUCUUUUCCACGACAACCCUAUCGUUCUGGCCAUAUUUGGGUUCUUUUUCUCCAUUCCUUGCUUCUACUACAUAGUCGCAAAGCCAGACUAUGCAACAUCAGGGCGCUUCGUGCUGCUGACGUAUAACCUAACUUGCCUAUACUCGUAUAACCUACGCCGGGAGGAUGUUUCUGUCCUCGAAAUCGCUCACCAUAGAUCAGCUGCUGUUAUUGUUGGCGUGCUGUGGGCGCUCUUGGUGUCGCGCUUCUGGUGGCCCUCGGAAGCAAGAAGGGAACUCAGCAAGGGCCUUGGAGAGCUUUGUCUCAACGUGGGAUGGCUGUAUACUCGUUUAGUUGCAUCUAACUCUGGUCUGGAGUUGGAUGACCCAGAGGAAACUGAUCAUGCAGGCGGCGGGAAUGUUGCAUGUGAAGGAACUCCCUUGCUAUCCAAGUCAGCCAGUGCGAUCCUCGGCGACUCUGUCCAAGAAUUCAUGGCAAUGGAACUGCACCUUCAGAUCAAACUAAUUGAGCUGCAAGGACUUCUGGCUCAGACCCAGCACGAACCACGAUUGAAGGGACCCUUUCCUGUUAUGCUUUACCGCUUGAUAUUGACGAGUUUACAAACAAUACUCGACAAGUUGCAUAGCAUGCGCUGUGUGACGACGCGGGAGGAAUGGUUCACGGACGUCAGAAGGGAUUUCAUCCUUCCAGUCAACAAAGAGCGGCGGGAAAUGGCCGGCAACAUCGUCCUGUACUUUUCAGUUUUGGCAUCCGCUUUUCGUCUGAAAGCUCCCUUACCGCCGUAUCUGCCGCCAGCAGAGGAAGCACGACAACGCUUGGUGGAUGCAAUUCGGCAGCUCGAUGUUGUGAAGAACAGGGAUGUCAAGGCAUCCAAACAACUGCUGUUCUUUGCCUACGCCCUCACGAUGAAAGGUGUUACGCAAGAGUUGGACUACCUUGGCCGUACGCUGCAGGACGCGUUUGGUGUUAUCGGACAGACUGUCGAAGAAUUCGACGCGUUAUUCACGGAUGCGGACGUGGAGAGGAACGAUGGCGUUUCGCUUGCUUGAGUGUGUUGCUGUACACAUAACCGGACCUUGCGCUUUCGGCAUGUGUUCUGGGAGGACCAACGUAGACAAUGAAAUGUUGGGGGCGACCUGCAUCCGAGUCGGCUGUUUCCGUCGUAGCGCUGAAAUUGUAAAACGCAUUCAGCUGACCCAACACAAGG